AUGGUGUCUUCGGUUACUUCCCUGCUCUGGCUUUGGCUGUGGCUAAACUCUCUGUCCGGGAUUUGUUCGCUGGCCGGGAUUGCCUGUCCUCUGGCCGUGAAGCAAAAUGUUCAGAUCACCUAUUUGUAUCGCUGUUCCAGCUGUCCGGGUGCCUUGGAUCCGGGUCACUCCGCUCUGGAGUUGGAGCUGCAUCGCUGUGUGGGCAGCAAACUGCCCGUGGUCACCCGGAAUGUUGAAAGCCACGAGAUGGAGCCGCUUCGCAACACGGACAGCUUGAGUAUCUUUCACAUACCAGCUGGCAAAAGGGGGGAUUCCCUAGUUCGUCGCAUCAUGGACAUGCUCAAUCCUCGACAGCCAAGGAAACAUCUGCAUAAGUACCUAUUUAUCUGGCCCGAUGCUGGGCAGGAUCAACUCCUAGAUCUCUUCCGUAGUUGCUGGACCAAGCAAUUGCUUUACGGACUGGCCAUCACUAGCAGGGAUAAUGGCAUCUUUGACUUUGAUCCCUUUGCCCUUGGGGGUCUCCAGGUGGUACAGCGAACGGGAGAGGGCUUACUCUAUCCCGAUAAGAUGGGGAAUUUAAGGGGUUAUCCACUGCGCUUCUCCAUGUUCGCAGAUCCUCUGAUUGCGAUACCCAGGUAUCCCGUGGAGACUGCUGGUUACAAGGCAGUGGAUGGUGUGGCUGCUCGGGUUACUGCCCGGAUGCUGAAUGCCACGGUAACCUAUGUAUUACCAGAGGACAAUGAGUCCUACGGACGCUGCCUGCCAGGCGGAAAUUACACGGGUGCGGUCAAGGAUCUGGUCAGCGGUCACACCCACUUUGGACCAAAUUCUCGCUUCGUUUUGGACUGCAUCUGGCCAGAGGUGGAGGUGCUGUAUCCGCAAACCCGUCGCAUCCUGUACCUGGUGGUCCCGGCUUCUGGGAUUCAGCCAGAGUACCUGAUAUUCGUGCACGUCUUCCGGCGCUCCGUGUGGCACCUGCUUCUGGUCACCCUCUUGAUAGUGGUGCUGAUCUUCUGGCUUAUGCAGCGCCUCCAAAAGCGAGUACCCCGUAGGGGUGUCAUACAGUUCGAGGCCACCUGGUAUGAGAUUCUCGAGAUGUUCUGCAAGACGCACGUCGGAGAGCCGGCGAACCGGCUUUCCUCGUUCAGCUCGAUGCGCACCUUCCUCAUGGGUUGGAUCCUCUUUAGCUACGUCCUCACCACCAUUUACUUUGCCAAGCUGGAGUCUGGCUUUGUGCGUCCCAGCUAUGAGGCGCAACUGGACCAGCUGGAGGGCCUCGGACAGCUGGACGUCCGUAUUUACUCUGUGACUACCAUGUACGAAGCGGUGCGGGCCACACUCUCUGAAGACCUAUACCGCCUGCUAGAGAGCCGGAGUCGCCAGCUGCCCCUCGGAUUGUCCAGCUCCUACUACCAGCUCCACCUCAGCCGGCGGGACAGACGGUCGGCCUUUAUCAUGCGCGACUUCCACGCCAGGGACUUCCUGGCCCUCACCUACAAUGCCCAGGCGGAGCGACCGGCCUACCACAUCGUCAAGGAGUACCUGCGAUCCAUGCUGUGCACCUACAUUUUGCCUCGCGGAUCGCCUUUCCUGCAUCGCAUUCAAACGCUGUUUACCGGCUAUCACGAACACGGCUUCUUCGAGCACUGGCGCCAGAUGGAUCUGCUUUCCCGGGAUGGGACUUCGCCGAAUGCUGAGGAGUUCUACGAGGACUUGGGGGACCAGACUGACUUGGAUCCAGCGGCCACUGAGCCGGCUGUGCGCCGCAAGAAGCGGGUGGUCCUCACCCUGGAUAUACUGCAGGGAGCCUUCUAUCUCUGGUUCGUGGGUAUUGGCCUAAGCUGUGUAGGAUUCGCCUUGGAGCAGGUUCAUCAUUUUUGGAAGUGAAGAACCACUCGAACUUUAGCAGAGACUAUACCACAAAUUUUGACUACCACAUAA